AUGCAUUCAUCGCCAGACCUUUUACAAAUUAGGUUUUUGUACUAUCUGCAAGAGUCCAUAUACAUGGGGAUGGGUAUUUAUGAGCGAGAUUCGGAAAAUGCAGAGGAAAAGCUCAAGAUCGGGGCUAAUUUGCUUAGCAAAUCGCCUAACACACCAACCACUCUUCGAGAGUUACGGAACUCACUGGAUUUGGAUAAAGCCACCAUACCAAAAAAAAAAUGA